AUGGCGAUAACGACAUCAACGACGUCGUUUCCAACGUUUCUGUGCUCCUUCCAUUCACCCAUUCCUUUAGCCUCAAAAUCAUCUCUCUAUCGUCCCCAAUGGCGUAUACUAAAACCGGUUCACUACUCUUUCUGCUUCACCAAUUUGGUCUCUUCUGCAAAACCACUCGUUUUCAAUUCGAGAAGAACCCACUUGGGCUCCACAGGUCGGCGCGAACCAACAGAGUUAGCCACAUCCUCUUCCAACAAAGUGGAAGAUGACAAUCUCAGGAGAGUUCUUCAAAUUGGGUUGUGGGGUGCCGAGGUUGCCUAUGUUUUGUGGCUCUUCUUGCUUCCGUAUGCUCCUGGAGAUCCUGUAUGGGCCAUAAGUUCUGACACAGUCAACUCUCUUGUGGGUCUUUCUCUCAAUUUCUUUUUCAUCUUGCCUUUCACGAAUGUUGUUGGCAUUCGUCUGAUUGAUGCCCCAAUUCUUCAUCCUAUGUCAGAAGGACUAUUCAACUUUGUGAUUGGCUGGACAUUCAUGUUUGCUCCAUUACUAUUCACAGAUCAAAAGAGAGACAGAUACAAGGGGUCUCUUGAUGUACUCUGGGGCCUGCAAAUGUUCCUCACAAAUACAUUUUUGAUCCCAUACAUGGCAAUCCGAUUGAAUAAUGCUGAUGAUGAUAAUGUUCCAAUCAAAAGUUCAAAUUUGAGCUCUGUUAUGACAAAUGGUGCUCCAUUUGUUGGACUGAUUGGCGGUGGUGUUUGUCUUAUAUCUAUAAUUUGGGCUCUUUUUGGUCGAAUGGAUGCAAAUUUUGGUGGCAUAGUAGACAGACGGGAGUACUUGGUGGGUUAUCUUGGAUCAGAAAGGCUGGCUUAUGCCUUCAUAUGGGAUAUAUGUCUUUAUACGAUUUUCCAACCUUGGUUGAUUGGUGACAAUCUGCAGAAUGUUCAGCAAAAUAAGGUUGCAGUAGUGAAGUAUCUUAGAUAUGUACCAGUUGUUGGGUUAAUGGCCUAUCUUUUUUGCUUGGAGCAGAAAGAGGUUUAA